CAGCUGGUCAUGGACCUAAACAAUUCAACUCAAACUAGGAUUGACCGUGGGCCUGUUCUCUGUUUUGAGUCAUCCAACAACUCAUGUGAGAGAUUCGUCUACCCUUCAGAGAUUCAGAUUUUGCUUUAUUUGUUCUUCAGUGCCAUUGCGCUUACCACAGUAUGUGGAAACCUGGUGGUUAUCAUCGCCAUCAUUCAUUUCAAGCAGCUCCACACACCAACAAACUACCUCACCCUUUCUCUGGCCGUGGCCGAUCUUCUCAUCGGAGGGUUUGUGAUGCCUCCCAGCAUGCUGCGAUCUGUUGAGACUUGCUGGUACUUGGGAGACGUGUUCUGUAAAAUACACAGCAGUGUUGAUAUUAUGUUAUGCAUCACAUCUCUUUUGCACAUAUCUUUCAUCUCAAUCGAUCGCUAUUAUGCAGUCUGUCAUCCACUUCAGUACCGAAGUAAAAUCACACCUCCCAUUUCCCUCAUUAUGAUUUCCCUAAGCUGGGGUCUGGCUGCUUUUGUUGGAUUUGCUAUGGUGUUUCUACAACUCAACAUUAUGGGUGAUGAGGAGUUUUAUUUCACUAAUGUAGACUGUAAAGGAGCCUGUAUCAUCUUUCAAACUGCAGCAGCCAGCACCAUUUCCUCAUUUCUUGCUUUUGGCCUUCCCGCAAUAAUCGCUGUCAGCAUUUAUCUAAAAAUUCUCCUUGUUGCACAAAAACAAUCAAAGUCUAUACAGCAUUCAGCACAUAUGGGCAAGAAAAACUGUGUAUCGAUUAAUAAAAGUGAGGGGAAGGCCACAAAAACACUGGCUAUCAUCAUGGGGGUAUUUUUUGUCAGCAUCUCACCCUUUUUCUUCUGUAAUCUAGUAGAUCCUUUUCUUGAUUACACAAUACCACCAACUGUAUUUGAUGUUUUUUUGUGGAUUGGAUAUUUGAAUUCUCUGUGUAACCCUUUUGUGUAUGCAUUCUUUUAUAGAUGGUUCAGAAAAGCUCUGAGAAUCAUUCUUUUGGCCAAAAUAUUUCAAGCAAAUUCUUCACAACUUGACUUGAUGGAAAGACAUGAUUAG